AUGAAUGCCUAUGCCCAUUUGCUUUGGAUUCAAAGAAGUUCUUCUGGUGUGAUGUCUAGCAGUAACCUCAUGGACAUAUGGGACUGUCUAUGUAAAAAUCUCGAAAUAAGGGAUGUUACGUUGGAAGAUGUUGCCAAGAAAGGGAAUGUUGAUCUUCGCUUGCUCUGUGGGGUGGCUUACGGAAGAUCCUGGUUCGGUAGGUGGGGAUACAAAUUUUGGAGAGGGAGUUAUGGAGUAGAUGAAGUGAAGUAUGAGAUUGCCCUAGCUUGUCUCUGUAACCUUGACAUUUCUCAGGUUGUUGAAGUGUUUCGCAAGGUGGAGGAUCAAUAUGCUCUAGUUCAUCGUCUAAAGAGAAUACUUGAAUGUUACGAAAGUCUCAGUCCUUCCCCAUUCAAGACUUUAAGUGACUUGCUUACGUUCAUGCUGACUUAUCCUGCCAAAUCAAUGAUGGCAAAAGAGGCACAUACCAUUGCUAGUAUACCCCGCAAAAGUUGGACUAGGGACCAAAUAAAGGAGGCGUUAAUGGUACUGAUCAACAUACUGGAUAAGAGAGGCCCUAUAAGAGGGGAGGACCUCAGUGAGGCAGCUAGCUCCGAAGUGAGUACAAGUGAGCUACUGGACUAUGCAAUUUCAACAAUGAAGAAUCUGAAGUGUGCGAGGCACCAAAUUGUAGCUUGCAAGGAGAAUCCAAUCUCAAAUCUGAUGGAGUAUGGACUGGAGACUCUUCCUCUCCUAACAACUGAGCCCCUUGAUGUUCACGGUGAUGCAGUUUUUGUAUAUGAAACUGUUGUUCUACAAUACCCCGAAGUCGGCAGUGAAUAUUCAAUGGUGAAGUUGUGUGUAGACACCAUGUUAAAAUACAAUUACCUUAUGAAGGGAACUGAACCAUGUUGCAAAGGCUCUGGUAAAAAGGUGGAGUGCAAGUGUGGCAUGUCUAAAGAUGAUGGAGAAAGAUUCUUGAAAUGCAACUUGUGUGAGGUCUAUGAGUACUUGAAGUGCAGUGGGAUGGAUAAAACUGACACCGAGGCAUAUGUGCAUAUCUGUGAUUGCUGCCUUACAGAACAGAAGGAAAAGCAGCUUGUUGCGGAAGCAAAGGAGAAGAGCAAGGCAGAGCUAGACAUUAUUGGAGAAGAUGAAGUCAGGCAAACCUAA